AUAAUUAGUAUGCAAAUCUCAACGUAUUUGAAAAUAUUUUCGAAACCAGCUACUUUCCAUUGGCGUGUCCGGUAAGCUCUCCAUCAAUCCAGCUGCACCUCUAACCUCUCUCUUCCCUAAAAUACGAAAAAAACAAUACCAGAAAACAAAAAGAUCCCACAUCUUUCUCUAUCUGAGUCAACUCUCUCUUCUUCUACCUUCACCACACCAUAUUACCAUUGAAAAAGACAAUGUACAAAACACGCUUACAAUAACAAUAAGAAGAAGGUGGUUGAUGAUUCUCCUUACAAGAAGUGGGAAGUUCUGAGAAGAUCUUGUAAUUGCAUAAAUGGGUGUUUGAGUUACUCUAAUCAUCAUUAAACCCAUUUCUUUCUAGGAUUUACAGCAGCUUGCAUCGUCGCCGGAAUUUGGACCCGGGCCGUUCGCCCGGGUUAAACAUGUUUGCUGGACGAUCUUUGAACUGCUGAAUUCACCUCGUGGAUGAGAUCGAAUUGAAUUAUCGAAAACAAGAUGCAUUCAGCGAAUCACUGGGGAGGGACGUUCGAGAUUCAAGCGGAUUCGACGACGGACGAUGAUAGGAGCCGGAACAUUGAUAUGGACAGAGCAGCUCUGUCGCAGCAGCUAGACGAGACGCAGCAGAGCUGGCUGUUGGGACCUCCGGACCCGAACCAUCACAAGAAGAAGUACGUGGACUUGGGUUGCAUCGUUUGUAGUCGGAAGGCGUUGAAAUGGACCCUCUGGUCUGUGUUGAUUGCUUUCUUGGUAAUAGGACUUCCUACCAUCAUCGUUAAGUCGCUGCCUAAGCACAAAACGCCCAUUCCUCCGCCUGAUAAUUACACUGUUGCCCUCCAUAAGGCUCUCCUCUUCUUCAACGCUCAGAAGUCGGGGCGAUUGCCAAAGAACAAUGGUGUGCCGUGGCGAGGGAAUUCAGGGCUGACAGAUGGAUCGCAACUGACGGACGUGAAGGGCGGCCUCGUCGGAGGGUACUAUGACGCCGGUGACAAUAUAAAGUUCCAUUUUCCUAUGGCAUUCUCCAUGACCAUGUUGAGCUGGAGUGUGAUAGAGUACGGUCACAAAUACCAAAGCAUAGGAGAAUACAACCAUGCAAGGGACCUCAUCAAAUGGGGCACUGAUUACUUGCUCUUGACCUUCAACUCCUCUGCCACCACCAUAGAUCAUAUCUAUAGCCAGGUGGGUGGGGCCAAAAAUGCUUCAACCACCCCAGAUGAUCACUACUGCUGGGAGAGACCGGAAGAUAUGGAUUACCCGCGUCCCGUCCAACGCGCUGAUUCUGGACCCGAUUUGGCUGGGGAGAUGGCAGCAGCACUGGCGGCUGCAUCCAUCGUCUUCCGCGACAACGUCACCUACUCACAGAGGCUCGUCAAGGGGGCAGCAACACUAUUCAAAUUCGCCCGGGAUGCUGGGAGGCGGACCACCUACAGCCGUGGCAAUCCAGAGAUUGAACUUUUUUACAAUUCGACGGGCUACUACGAUGAGUACAUGUGGGGCGCAGCCUGGCUAUACUAUGCGACAGGGAAUUCUAGUUAUCUUUCGUUGGCGACGAAUCCCGGGAUUCCAAGGAAUGCUAAGGCAUUUUUGGGAAUACCAGAUUUGAGUGUGUUGAGCUGGGACAACAAGCUUCCAGCUGCACAGCUGCUGCUAACAAGGCUAAGGAUAUUUUUGAACCCUGGCUACCCUUAUGAAGACAUGCUUAGGAGCUACCACAAUAUGACAGGGUUAACCAUGUGCUCUUACCUCCAAAGGUUCAAUGUCUUCAACUUCACACAAGGAGGGAUGAUAGAACUGAACCAUGGACGGCCGCAGCCGCUACAGUAUGUGGCCAAUGCCGCCUUCUUGGCGUCUCUCUACGCCGACUACAUGAACGCCACCAACGUCCCUGGAUGGUUCUGUGGGCCCUAUUACAUCCCUUCCAACGUCCUCCGCAGUUUCGCCACUUCUCAGAUGAAUUACAUUCUUGGAGCCAAUCCUAGGAAGAUGAGCUAUGUGGUGGGCCAAGGCACAAACUACCCAAAGCACGUGCACCACCGCGGCGCAUCGAUACCCAGAGACGGCAAAACAUACUCAUGCACCGGUGGAUGGAAGUGGCGAGAUGCCUCGACCCCAAAUCCUAAUAUCGUCACAGGAGCCAUGGUUGGUGGGCCUGACCGGUUUGAUGGUUUCAAGGACGUGCGCACGAAUUACAGCUAUACCGAACCCACAAUGGCCGGAAAUGCGGGCCUAGUCGCAGCCCUUGUUUCAUUGACGAGCAGCGGUGGUGGAGGCAUUGACAAGAACACCAUAUUUUCAGCAGUGCCACCACUCUAUCCGCAAGCGCCACCCCCACCACCACCUUGGAGGCCUUAGAAUCUACAGUGUCAUUUAGGUGCCCUUGGAAUUUCUUUUAUUUUCAUUUUUGGCUCUCUUUUUCUUUUCUUUUUUUCUUUUCUGUAUUGUUGUACAAAACCAAUAUCUGCAUUUUUGUUUGUGGGAGGGUAUGGAAAUUUGAAUAACAUCCUAUGCAUUUUACCAUC